UCUGAACUCAUCUUCCUUCCUCUUCUUGUCUCGCCAUAUUAAAGCUAUUUGUCAGUCAGUAUAUAAAAAGCUGUGUUCAGACUCUGCAGAUCAGCAGUCAUGGACAGAGCUGUGCUGCUGCUCGUGUUGUCUCUGCAGGUUUUCCUGCUCAUCUCAACCUUCACCGCUUCUGAUGCUGCCACUCUGAGGACAGACUCUCAGCAGGCUUCUUAUCAGGUAAGAAAAUCUCGGGUAGAAGGUUUAAAAUAUGAUCUAACACAAGACAAAACUUAAACAUUUUCACAGCUAGUUGUAAAAAUAAAACUUUAAACUGAAAGAAAUUGUCAGAGUAUUAAGACUCAUAAUGCUCCAACAUUACAACUCGCAAAUAACAAUGUCACAACCUCUGUACAAGUGAUUAAAACUGACAAAAAAUAUAUUCUAACGAUUUGUCAUUUUUAUUAAAUUUAAAAAAAAUACUCUAAAGUUACCCUUACUUGCAGAUUUGUGACCCCUAUUCUCUAUUGCUCUCUAUUGAUCCGUUUUAUUAGCUAUACUGUGCAGCCUGCUAACUAAACCCUGAUCCACUGAUUUCUUUUAACUAAAUUUGGAUUUCAAAGUUGGCUAAAUUUAAAUAACUGAUGUCCUUUGUAGCAGGGAGGCAGGUUGGAAGGGCGCAGAGGAAACGUCAGACGCAGAACCUCAUCAAACUGUAGCAAGAGACCAGGUGGAUGUUCACUGCUAUUGGAACAACAUAACCCCGGUGUUCAUGGUCCACCUCCACCUCCACCUCCUCCACCUCCACCUCCACCCAGGUGAAAGAUUAUCCUCUCAUCUACUCUACAGGAAGUCAUUUUUUGUAACUAUUGUCUUUUUUACAUUUUUACUUCUAUCUCCAGACCAGAACCAAACCCCCCUAACUGGACCGGUGGGAGGACUGAUUCAUGGAAUAAGGUUUUCCUUUAAAAAAAAAAAAAAUCUAAUUUACUGUUUACUUAACUUUGACGCCCUGACAGCUGCUUUAAAAUGAGUUUUACCAAAUCCUGACCCACUGCUGCCACUGCUUUGACUUUGCCUUUAAACUAGAUUUUUCAUACUGUAUAAAGCUUGUAUUGGAUAAUGUAAAGUGAACGUGUGGUUAUGUGAAUUAGAAUCCCAAUGCAAGGUCUAAACAUUGGCCUGCUUUUCUGCCAUAAAUCACAUUAAACCGGCCAUUGUAAAAUCUUAUCUUAUAGUUAAUUAUUCUUGUCCUUGAUGGAUAAACUCCUUCAUUCCAUGCUUGUUUACAGGUCACCAGUUAGUUUGAUGUUCAUGCACAUUUUAUACAUUAUUUUAACAUUUUCUCUGCACAGGCAGAAGUCCUGAUUGAUUCUGUUCUCACUGAUUUGCAUCCUGUAGUCUCUCAUUUUAGCAGAGGAGGUAAUAAUUGUCAUUUCUAAUAGAUGAAAAGAGGAGAACUUGGCUCUAGAAGACGUCCUGGAUACAGACCUACGUCCAACUGUAGCUGGAGACCAGGAGCAUGUGUGCCAGGACUUCCUGGGAGUCGUGGCCCCCCUCUUCCACCUCCCCCUUCACCUCCACCUCCACCUCCACCACCACCUCAGUAAGCAAUGCAAACAGAAAUACACCUUAUCUUUUUAUAGAGAUAAUGUAUUAUAAGUAAAUAAAAAAUGGUAAAAAAGAAGCUUAUAUUUGAUAAUUAACAAUGAAAAUGUAUGUUAGUUUGAUGAGUGACAUAAAAGCUACUUCAGUCUAAAAUUAUGAUAUCAUCAAGAGAGCAUUUUAUCUACUUCCUGGACAACAUAAACAGAUCACUGGUUUUCUCUGAGCUGUUUCUUUCUUUUCUUUGUCUCUCCAGACCAGACCUGAUUCCUGGGAUGUGGUAGAUCAUGACCACUGAUCCAAACUCUGCUUAUUGAGCUACUUAACAUUUUAAAACUGCUAAUAUUACACUGAUUUUGUUUUUCAAAGUGAGCUUCAGUGGAAAAACUAAUUUCUAAUGAAACACAGGAGAUGAGAGUUUUGUUAACCUGAAGUGAAUCAAGAUGAUUUUGGAGAACAGGACUUCUCAGACAGUCAUACUGGGUUUAUGAGAGGUUUCAUUUUUCUGUAAAACUGAGAAAUGAUGCAUCAACUCAGAUUUCAUCAUCCUGCCAUGACUGAAGUGUCAAAGUGCAGACCCAUCAAUUGUCAUUUCAGCGUGAAACCUGUGCAGAUCACUCACUGUUACACUCACAUAUGCUACCUGUGAUCCUUAUACUCUGUCCGACUCACUCUCUGUAUAAAUGAUUUAUGUAUGAAAACUUUUGCUUUGUCCACUAGGGGGCACCAGAAUCACCAAAGACAGAAAGUUGCUCAAAGGAGCUUUAAAUAAAAGUCAACAUGAAACGAA